AUGGAUAGAGAUUGGAUGAGUGCGAAUAGGUUAACGGUAAAAUAUAGGGAAGGUGUUGAUUUCAUUUUGGAGUUUUUUGCAAAGAAUGCGGAUAAUCCUGAUUUGGUUCAUUGCCCAUGUCUCAAAUGUUGUAACAUGGAGCGUAUGAAAAUUGUCCAAAUAAGAGAACAUUUGUUUAAGAACGGUAUAGACAGGAGUUAUAAGGUUUGGUAUCACCACGGAGAAAAAAUUAGAAGAUCCAGCGAGGGACCCUCUAGAAAGGACAAGAUUGUUAAUAAUGUGGAGUAUGAAGAUGAUCACAUCGCAGAGAUGAUUAACGAAGCAGAGUUUGAAUCUCAAGUUCGUCCUGAAACAUUUCAAACUAUGUUAGAAGAUGCUGAAAAGCCGAUUUACACUAAUUGUAGUAGGUUUACUAAAUUAUCGACGCUUAUUAGGCUAUACAAUUUGAAAGCAAAACACGGGUGGAGUGGUAAGAGUUUGACAGAGUUACUAGCUUUCUUAGGAGAAUUAUUACCCGAAGGUAAUGAGGUGCCUUUGUCUUUCUAUGAUGCAAAAAAGACAUUGUGUUCGUUAGGCUUGCAAUAUGAAAAGAUACAUGCAUGUCCUAACAAUUGCAUCCUAUAUCAAAAGAGAUUUGUGGAUGCUGUAGCAUGUCCAACGUGCGGUGAGUGCAGGUGGCAAAAGAAAAAGAAUUCUAAUGAGGUAAAGAAGGGUAUUCCUGCAAAAGUAUUGUGGAAUAUCCGUCUUGGUCUCUCUGCAGACGGUAUCAAUCCACAUACUUCCCUUAGCAGUAAGUAUAGUUGUUGGCCAAUCUUUCUUGUGAUAUAUAAUUUGCCGCCGUGGCUUGUUAUGAAGAGAAAGUUCACUAUGUUGACAUUGAUGAUAUCAGGCCGUUCACAGCCUGGCAAUGAUAUUGAUGUAUACUUAGCUCCUCUUAUUGAUGAUUUAAGUAAAUUGUGGUAUGACGGUGUUAAUGCAUAUGAUGCCUAUAGGAAUGAAGCAUUCAAUCUUGGGGCCAUGUUAUUGUGGACCAUCAAUGAUUUUCCUGCUUUUGAGAAUCUUUCUGGCUACCGUGUGAAAGGUUAUUAUGCAUGUCUUAUCUGUGAAGAGAAAACAUGUUCUCGCGAUUUAACACAUUGGAGAAAAAUUUGUUAUAUGGGACACCGAAAGUUUUUGCCACCCGAACAUGUAUUUCGGACCUGGAAAAAGGCAUUUGACGGUAAGCAAGAAUUUGAAAUGCCUUCCCCACCUUUAAGCGGAAGACAAUUGGUAGAAAAAUUGAAAAAAAAUCAAUUCAAUCUUGAAAAGCGAAAGUCAAAAUCGAAGAAAAGAAAAGGAGGUAAGGGUGUCACAAAUGAACCUCAGGGACCGUGGAAGAAAAAAUCAAUAUUUUUUGAGCUUGAGUAUUGGGAGCAUUUGGUUUUACGUCACAAUUUUGAUGUGAUGCAUAUUGAGAAAAAUGUCUCAGAUAGCUUAAUUAAUACCUUGUUUAAUAUUCCUGGUCGGAGUAAAGAUGGAAUUAAAUCCCGUCUGGAUUUAAAAGAGAUGGGGAUUAGAGGAAAUUUACAUCCAGAAAUUGUUGGUAAAUGA